AUGGAGCUGUGCAGUAAGAACCCGAACAGGACGGCUCCGGUGGGGGAGGAGGGAGCGUGUCGAGCUGAUGUGCCUCUCUGCUCCAGGACAAACGGCUGGAGCUGGCCCCCUCACCCCUUCCAGAUGCUGGCCUGGCUGCUCUAUGCCUACUUUGCCAUCACAGGGUUCGGGGUGUUUGUGCCACUGCUGCCUCCACACUGGAUCCCCGCUGGGUACAUCUGCACCGGGGUGAUGUUCGUGUGCCACCUGUGCGUGCAUGUGCUGGCCGUGUCCAUCGACCCGGCCGACACCAACGUGAGGAACCGGCCAGAGCGCGGCCCCGUGCCUGCAUUUGACCGCUCCAAACACGCACACGUCAUCGAGAACUGCCACUGCUUCCUCUGUCAGGUUGACGUGGGUCCUAAGUCCAAACACUGCAGUGCCUGUAACAAGUGUGUGGCCAACUUUGACCAUCAUUGCCGCUGGCUCAACAACUGCGUGGGAAGCCGGAACUACAAGCUGUUCCUGCACAGUGUGGUGUCGGCCCUGUUGGGAGUGUUCCUGGUCCUUAUUGUCGCCUCGUAUGUUUUUAUCGAGUUCUUCCUGGAUCCGUCGAAACUCCGCACCGACAAACACUUUCAAGUGCGUAACGAGUCCGCGGUGUGGUUCCUCUUCUUGCCCGUGGCCCCGGUUGUCUCCGUGGGAGCUGUGAUCCCGGGUUUGGCAGCCGUCACUAUCGCCCUGGGCCUCCUCUCCUGUGUGCUGCUCUGUCACCUGCUGGGCUUCCAUAUUUACCUCAUGUGGAACAGACUGAGCACAUAUGAAUACAUCAUACGCCAGCGUCACCGCCUACACCCGCGAGAGGCGAGGAAAGCCCCCCCGAAGGAGCCCACCCUGCCCUCUCUCAACAUCAUCAAGGAGGUGAGCUACACCGGGGCUCUGGGCUACACCAACACCCAGAUGGAGGUGGAGGAGGCCAGCACACUGCCACCCAGAGGAGACACUGAGUACGUGGCCAACGGCAGGAUCCGGAGUGCUUCUGCUCCUGUGGUUGAAGAGGAAGUCCCGCCUCCUCCGACUGAAGUGACAGCAGUUUCUCCACAAAGAAGAACUCAGAAAAGGAAAAAGAAGGUGCGUAAUGUGGCAGUGGAAGCGUCGGGAGAGAGGCCUCGGAGCGCGGUCCCGCCAGAGCUCUCCUCCCUCUCGGCCGGUUACCUGUCCCAGCGUCUGCCCUUUCCCUUCCCCCAUCGGGCCUCUCUUCCCCCCCUGACCUCCUCCACCACUCUGGCCCCGGGCCCCGUCACCGCCGCCGCCCCGCCUUCAGACUACCACUCCGACUCGGCAGAAUCCCUGGAGGAGAUCCCGGUGGCUCUGGCCAAACUGGGCUCUACCUCCAACCACAGACCCCCCCUGUCCUUCUCCCUGCCCUCCCCCCUGCCCAGGACUAAGAGGAAGGACAGGGCCAACCGGAGCGCUGGGGACUUGAGGUUUGAAAUGGCGCCACCUGCUGUCUUUGUGAGCAGAGCGAGCGGAGAGCCGGCAUUAGACAAACGGAGACGGAAAUGA